CAGGCUCUUGGCCGGGGUGAAGGGUGCCCCCUGCGUCCUUCUUCCCUCCGUGGUGCCAGCCAUUUCUCAGGAGCCGAGUCUGCCUACAAACUCAACCACUAGGGUUCCUAGCUUUCACCUGAGGGUCGCGGCGCACGUGCGGCGGAUACUCCCACCCCCCGUGGGAGGCGGGGUCGUGCUCAGAGCCAAUGCGAGCUUGGGAGGUGGAGGGGUAGGGAAGCUUCCAGAGGCCGAUAAGGAGGAGGUUAUAAAAGGGACCGACGCCAGACCAACGCCAGAGCCAUGCAGCCCAAGCGGGAGUACGAGCUGUGGUGUGAGAGGGUGAAUCCAGAGAACAAGGCGGCGCUGGAGGCGUGGGUCAGGGAGACGGGUAUCCGCCUGGUGCAAGUGAACGGGCAGAGGAAGUAUGGCGGGCCACCCCCAGGCUGGGUGGGCAGCCCGCCGCCGCCCGGGUCCGAGGUGUUUAUCGGUAGGCUGCCCCAGGACGUGUACGAGCACCAGCUGAUCCCACUGUUCCAGCGCGCCGGCCGCCUCUACGAGUUCCGCCUGAUGAUGACUUUCAGCGGCCUGAACCGGGGCUUUGCCUACGCCCGCUACAGCUCGCGGCGCGGGGCCCAGGCCGCCAUCGGUCCGGGCCUUCAGGAGGCGCUGCUGCUGCCCAGCCCCGGACUGGCGCUCACGCAGAUGGCACUGCUCAAGUUCAGCUCGCACCGUGCAGCGGCCAUGGCCAAAAAGGCCCUGAUGGAAGGGCAGUCACGCCUCUGUGGAGAGCAGGUGGCUGUGGAGUGGCUCAAGCCAGACGUGAAGCACCGACUCCGCCAGCAGCUUGUGGGGCCCUCGCUGAGGUGCCUACAGCCAGAAGGCAGUGGGUUGGCCCUCGCUAGGGACAAGCUAGCGUCCCAAGGGGCUCGAACUGCCUUGCAGCUGCUGUGCCAACGGAUGAAGCUGGGUAGCCCAGUGUUCCUCACCAAGUGCUUGGGCACGGGCCCUGCUGGCUGGCACCACUUCUGGUACCAGGUGGUGAUCCCUGGGCAUCCAGUGCCCUUCAGUGGCCUCAUCUGGGUUGUGCUAACCGUGGAAGGGCAGGAUGGGCAUGAGGUGGCCAAGGAUGCUGUGUCUGCACGGCUGCUGGAGGCACUGAGCGAGUCUGGGGCCCGCCUCCUUUCAUGUGCUGGGGCAGUGAGCGAGUCUGGGGCCCGCGCCCUGUGGUCUGCUGGAGCUGAGGCAGGUACCAUGGUUAAGCAGUAACCCCAUCCUCUACAGGCAGCCUGAACAAGUCGGCAGAGCCUGUGUCAGUCCCCAACCCAGCAGGUCUGGGCAGCCACCAUCUGAUCCCCAAAAAGGGAGGCGCAUGGGCCCUGCCCUAGGCCUGACACAGCCUCCCAGCUGGGGCACAGCCCCAGUGCACUUGGAGACACUUAGCUCAGAUUUGGCUAAGUUGUGGUGAG